AUGGCCCACCUGGUGGAGAACCUGGAGGCGCUCAUGGCGUGUCUGGAGCAGGCCCUGCACCUGCAGAUGCUCGUGAAGUACUUGGUAAACUACAUACCCUGGGAGAUGAUGACCUUCGGAAGCUCGCCGACAGCACCAAGGCUGGCGCUGACGAGGGUGCAGAUGCUGCUAUGGGCGGUGCAA